AUGAGCUCCUCGUCCCUCCCAGAUCACUACAAGGUUCUCGGUGUUGCCAAAGAUGCUCAGGAAAAGGACAUUCGCACGGCCUAUCGCAAGCUUGUCUUGAAGUGCCAUCCCGACAAGGUGCAGGACCCGACGCUCAAGGCUCAGAAGCAGGAGGAGUUCCAAAAGGUCCAGCAGGCCUAUGAGCUGCUGACCGACGAGGAGGAGCGCAAAAAGUACGACGACCAGGUCAGAUUGGCCGAAUUGAGAGAGCAGCUGCGCAAGACUGCCGUCUCGACCCCGCCGCGAUCAGCCGCCUCCAGAUCAGCCUCCAAGACCAGAUUUAGCACUUUUGAAGUUCGGACUGCCGACCCGCAUCGCGCCUCAUCCUACAAGGCGUCCCCCGGCGUGCCCCCGUCAGCCUCAAAAUCAUACCCGCACUCGCGAUCCUAUGAAGACGACCUGGGUUACAGCCAUCGUGUGUACAGCUCUUCGCGCACAAGGAGAGGAGACACUACCUACGUGGACAGUCGCUCAAAGCGGGAUAGCGAGAGAGAACGGGAACGAGAACGGGAACGAGAACGGGAACGAGAACGGGAACGAGAACGAGAAAGAGAACGGGAAAGAGAUAGAGAACGAGAUCGUGAUCGUGAUCGUGAGCGAGAACGGGAGCGAGAAAGGGACCGAGAACGAGAGCGCGAACGAGAGCGCGACAAGGAGAGCAAAGAGCGCGAGCGCAGAAAGAAGGCCGAAAAGGAGGACGCCGCUCGCCGCGCUGAGAGGGAUGCCAAAGACGCUCGCCGAGAGAAGAAGACAAAGGAGAAGAAGGACGACAAGAAGAAACACACAAAGUUGGCGACUGCCUACGAUGAUUUCAGCGACGAUACUAUUUCCCCCAUCCCCAAAUCCGACAAGAAGAAGUCGAGCAAAAAGUACGAUGACAAGCAGCGGGAUCGAGAUCGCUCCUCUCACCGCGACGCCAUUCCCAUAGUGUCUCCUCCCCUUGUCCAGUCUUAUCCCGAAUUUGCGACAAGCAAGUAUGAGACUCUGCGAGCCGCGCCAGCCGCUCCAGAGCAAUCUUCUUCCUGGGAGGACACCCAUAACAAGUUGCAAGAUGCUCACUCUUACAUUCAGUUCACUCGGCAAAAGGAGAAGGAGGCAAUCCCCCCUCCUGGUGGCCUGAAGAGGUCUAUGACUUACAGCCACCACAUAAGCCAGCCUCCCGCUGUCCCAACUCCCCCACCUGCCCCCAACCAAGCAUCUGUCUUUCCCGUCCCCGAGGAAGAUGAUGCUCGUCGUUCAUCGGCGGCGGCCGCCGCGCGACCCCGUCGUGGCUCGGCGGAAAGCAACCAUGCCAAGUACAACAGGAAGUCAUCGCGAGAGCCUGUUGCUGACUCUGUCCCCAUGAGCUCCCCACGCCAUGCACAGCAUGCGACAAUGUCUGGGUCGCCCCCUCAUUUGUCGAGGACAAAAACGAUGCCAGCUGACCCAAGCAGCUAUGCGCGAGCUGUGCCCAUCACUCGCUCCAAAACCUAUAAUUAUGGAGAAGGCUUUGAGGGUCGCGGACGGAAUCGCUCGCGCUAUACCGCGCAGCAAAUCAAUGAAGAAGACGACUCGGAUGACUAUCACCAAGCGAGAGAUCGCAGAAACCGUCCCGCCGGGAGAGAUCAAUCCGUGGAUCAAGGCUAUGCAGAAACCUCUCGAUACGCCGGAUACGAGAGUGGCCGACAGCCCUCGUAUAGCCGUCGCGCCGCAGAGCCAGAGCAGGAUCGAUAUGCCUACUACUCCGGCCACAGUGACAGCCGACCUGCCAUGCCCACCCGUGAAAGUGGCUAUUCUACUUCGGCCGGAUCUGGUCAAUUUUCAAAGCCAAAGAUCAACAAGAACUACUCGUACGAAGACGCACAUUACACCACCUAUCAAACCCCCAAGUCGCGCGAAGGAUACCCCGCGUACGCUUGA